AUGCAAACUGAUUACAAUUUUCUAAGCGAUCAUUCGUAUUCUAUCCGCGUUGAUUAUGAUAAAUUACCUUUGAAGCAACGUGAGGUGAAAUCAAAAAAACGUCGUGCAACUCCAAUCUCAUCGAAAAAAGCAUCAUCGGCUCCUUAUUCAGUAUCUAUUCACCGCAGUUCAAGUGAUAAAGAGAACAGUUCAUCGAAUCUAAAUGAAGUAUCGGUCAAAUCAAAAGCUAACAAAAUGAAAUUAUCAACAACAUCAAAGAAGAACAGCACCAAAUCUCGAACAGCAUCUGUCAAGAAACAGUCUGUUAAAUCCACCCCCAAAUCACAUGCCAAAUCAAUUCCAAGUAAACUUGUUCAAAAGAAGACAUCGAUUCCAAGUUCAAAAGAAACAAGUGUUAUGCAGCCAUCUCUAUCGAUUGAAGAACGUGUAAAACUUCGUCGAACGACACCGUUUCUUGCACCGAUCAAACCUAUAACCAACAAGAAACCUCUUAAACGUAUUCAUCUUUCUAAAACUAAGAAAGAAACGAUCAAACCGAAAAAAUUCUUUCUUGGAUCAGGGCUCGAUCUUGACAAUAUCGUUGCUGGUAAUCGUCAACGACGUUCUAUUCAAUCUUAG